AUGGCGCUUAGAUUAACUUCAAAUUUGUUGUAUGGUGUUGCAUUGAUUUAUAAACAAAAGACUGAUUACUUGAAUAAUGACACCUCUCUUAUAAAAACCAAGAUUCAACGUGAUUUGUUCAAUCAGAAAGGUAGUAAUAGUGAUAUUUUGAUCAAAACUCCAAAUUAUAUCAUUAAACCAAUUGAAUUAACAAGAACUCAACAGGGCGGCAAUCAUAAUAAUCAAGUUUUGUUGAAUGAUGAUCCAUUGUUUAAUCUUGAAGGUGAUCUUUUACCAAGUUUGGGUGAUUUGGAUUUCUUACAAGGUACUAGUAGCACCCAGAUGGUUAAUUCAAAUCAUAGGAAAUCACAAAUUAGAAGAUCAGAUUUGGAAAAUAAUACAGUCUCAGUUGUGCUAUCUACAAUGACGAAUUCCACAGAAGAUGCUGAUAUUUUCACAAGACAUGUUAAUCAGGAUGAUAUUUUAGAUACUCAAAAUCCUGAAUUUGCAUUUGAUGAAGAAGGUAUGUUGUUUAGUUUACAUGAUGAAACAACGGCUGGAACAGGUGGUAAUGCUGGUCCAAGUGAGGAUCUUCAUAUUAAUGACGGGUUUGAUAUUGAUUUUGAUUUUGAUAUAGACCUCGAGAGGCAAGAAGCACCUGCACAACAACAACCUCCUGAAUUGGAUCAAAUUCUUGAAGAGGUUGAAGAUCCACCACCACAACAAGCUCCAGAUAGUGAACAACCUAUUGUUAAUGAGUCUCCUGAAGCUGUUCAACAACCAAGGAAAAAAAGGAGAAAAGCUCAAAAUCAUUUCACAACACUUGUUGUUGAUGAGACUAUUAGUCUUCAAACAAAUGAUUUGCGUGGGUUUAGAGAUACUUAUAUUGAAUUAAUGGAUCAACAACGUACCAAACCCCCAGAACCACGUAUUGCAAUUCAGAAUUUACUUGAUGAAGUUUCAUAUUUACCAAACUUUGGCAAGAAUCCGGCUGAUGAAGAAAGACGUGGUAGAAAUCCAGUUCGUGAGUUUGAAGAUGAAGAUUUCGUUGAUGGGUUGUUAAGAAAUACAAGAAGAUCAAGUGAAUCUAUCGAAGUUAGAAGAAAUGCAUCAAGUUCAAGACGCCAUUCCACAAGGGCUAGUAUGUCUAGUAUUAAUCUUCCAUUAGAAGGUGAUCUGCAACAUCCACAAGUUGAUGACACUACGGGAGGUGGUGGAAAUGAUAAUUUUGAUUUUGAUUUUGAUUUAGAAUUUGAUAUUGAUGAAGAACGAGUUCCAAGGAAAAGAUCAAGUUCUGUUCAAAGAUUUCCUGCAUUGGCUGAAGAUGAAGAACACAAUUAUCAAAACAAUGAAGAAAUGUAUGAUGAUGAAAGACCCGAAGUUGAUAGGAAAACUAUAAAGUUUUUAACUUUCAUCGAGACUAGACUUGAAGAAGAUUCAGUUCAAGAGAUGAAGUUUGAUCAAUUAAUGCAACAUCAACAAAACAGAUCAGUUAUUGUCAAAUCAUUCUAUGAACUUUUGCAAUUAUCAACAUUGAACUCUAUCGAGAUUGUUGAAAAUAAUGACAAAGAGAAAUUUGAACUUUUAGAUGCUAAUGAUUUUUCCAUCAGAUUGGUUUGA